CGGGGCGGUGACCGUGUGGGAGGUGGUCUCACUCUUGGGAAAACUGCUAGGCACCGUCGCCGCCCUGAAGGUGAUUCUGUACCUGCUCCGGGUGUGCUUAGCGAUGGCCUGGAAAUCCGGCGGCGCCAGCCACUCGGAGCUAAUCCACAACCUCCGCAAAAAUGGAAUCAUCAAGACAGAUAAAGUAUUUGAAGUGAUGCUGGCUACAGACCGCUCCCACUAUGCAAAAUGUAACCCUUAUAUGGAUUCUCCACAAUCAAUAGGUUUCCAAGCAACAAUCAGUGCUCCACAUAUGCAUGCAUAUGCACUAGAACUUCUAUUUGAUCAACUGCAUGAAGGAGCUAAAGCUCUUGAUGUAGGAUCUGGAAGUGGAAUCCUUACUGCAUGUUUUGCACGUAUGGUUGGAUGUAAUGGAAAAGUCAUAGGAAUUGAUCACAUUAAGGAACUAGUAGAUGACUCAAUAAAUAAUGUCAGAAAGGACGAUCCAACACUUUUGUCUUCAGGGAGAGUACAAUUGGUUGUGGGAGAUGGAAGAAUGGGAUAUCCUGAAGAAGCCCCUUAUGAUGCUAUUCAUGUAGGAGCUGCAGCCCCAGUUGUACCCCAGGCACUGAUAGACCAGUUGAAGCCUGGUGGAAGAUUGAUAUUGCCCGUUGGUCCUGCAGGUGGAAACCAAAUGUUGGAGCAGUAUGAUAAGCUACAGGACGGCAGCGUCAAAAUGAAGCCUCUGAUGGGGGUGAUAUAUGUGCCUUUAACAGAUAAAGAAAAGCAGUGGUCCAGGUGGAAGUGAUUUUCUCUUCUCCUCUUUCUUCUUCCACACAUGCAAGGGAUGAGCUGUAAAGGCAACAUCAGCUUGACCAGUCUGUAAUAUUGCAAUGGAUUGCUCAUCUCAGUCCUUACAGCUCUUUGAAAACCAUCAGCAUCACAGCUUGUUUUGGACUUUGUUACACUAUUAUUUUCAGCAUGAAAAUGUGUGCUUUUAUAGGGUUUUCUCAUUCUUCAGAGAGGCACAAAACCAAACUGGUAGAGGAAGGAUGCAAAGUAUAACUUUCUAUAUGAUUACAUGCCCACAUUUUACUUUAAAAUAUUAAAAGAAAGGGUUCUGCAAAAUGGAAACCUUAGUUUGUGAGUUGAUUUUGAAGAGUGAUUUAUUUCUUCUUUCGGAUAUUUAAUUCUUCCAGUAUUAAUUUACCAGGUCUUUUGUGCAUCAGAUAACACCACCAUUUACAAGUUAAUAUUCUUGGUAUUUGGUUAUCUGUUAGAUGCUACUAAGAAUAUAGAGAUGAGCUUUCUUUUUAAAGCUUUUGAUGUGGUGUCAUAGAAUAGCAUGUUGUAGAUACAAUCAGCUGCUUUGUUACCCUAAAAGUAGGUAUUUGUAAAUAUUGAAACUUAAAAUGGCAAGUGGUGUCCAAUAAACACUCAGCUGUUCAGAUUGGACAUAACUGACAUAGUUCUUCCUUUCUCUAAAAAUGAUAGGAGACUUGUAGCUGACUAUUGAUUUUUCUGUUUCUAGUUUGCUGCUGAUAAUGUAUAUGAAUCUAACAUGCUGUGUAAGCUGUGUGGUAGUUACUGCACAGUUUAAGCAGUGCUGCUUUGCCAAAUAAAGUUAAAAGCAAAAGAGGUAUUGGUGGUGUUUGAAUCUAGAUGGAAGAACAGCAGGUCAACCAGAUCAAGAAUGCUAAGAUCACAGGGAAUGGUUGUUUCUCUGCUGCUCCAUUUUGUGAAGUAUGAGUAGUUAAGUAGUGUUAAUUCAUCUGUACAUUGUAGAAAGUAACUGCAUUUCUUCAGGACAAGGACUAUAUUUCAUUCACUAUUUCUCUCUGCCUACUUACUCCCGGGCUUAUCGUUUAGUACAGUGAAUGAGUGGGUGAAUGAAUUGGCUUACUGUCAAAGUAGAACACGAUUAAAGAUAAACAUACCAAAAUCCAUGUCUCAUCUAUAGAUAGAUUCAUUAAUGACUGUAAAGUGUGUUUCUAAGAAGGUAGUGGCACUUUGGGAUCUUGUAUAAAUGCUGUGGUUUUAUACAUUUUGUAAGAAGGCAUUAGUUUUUCAGAACUUGAGGAAAUAAUAGAAGCUGUAGAAAGAUCAGAACUAGCACUCCUGGCAAAGCCAUUCUAAAACUGUGUGCAAGUCUUCAUAAUUCUUCCACGGAGAUCUUUGGUGAGCUUGUGACACAGCCUUCCCCACUUUUAAGUAUUAUUUAAUUCUUUAAAAUUGCCUUUAAAAAUCAAUAAUACAUCUAUUUACGAGUGUCUUUUCUUGGGUAACAUCUUAGACACAUUAUUAGCAUUAUUUAGUGCCUAAAACUUGAGAAUCUUAAAAGUUUACUGCCAACUUCAGUUUUCUAUUAUUGUUUCUGGAUCUCAGCCAUGAACCCUGUGCCCAGGACUCAGUGUCAUUUAAGGUGUUUGCAAAGAUCAAAAAAAUUUGUUUUAGGUCAUAUGUUCUUUAGAUUUAAAAUUAAAUAAAUUCUAAAUCUGUGCACUAGUCUGGGUCCUUCAUAGCUAUUAUCAGUAUUUCAUUGUAUGUAAUAAGUUUUGGCAAUAGAAAAAGGCACUCAUUCUCAAGGAGUCUAUGGCCUAGUUGAGGAAACAGUUUAUAGGUAUGAUAAGAUAGACUGUUACCUGAUGGUACAAAAAAAUGCUAUACUUAAAACAUUUUUCAAUCAUUACUUUUGGAUGUUAUGCUUUUUUU